ACUUUUCACCGCCGUCGUUCAGUAGGAAAUCAGCAGUCGCUUUUUGGUCAUGUGCGACAGUAUAUCUAUGUAAUAUAACAGUAAUAUGUAUAUUGUUAUAAAUUAUAAUUGACACCUAUAUAAUAAUAUAUUUUAUAUCGGUAACGUAAACGCGAAAACCCGUUGUAGUUGUUGUGGUGUAACGAAACAGUGAACCCAAUAUUUACCAACCACCAUGUACGCUUUGCAAACAGUCGGCAGCACAACCAGCUCCGUCAAAGAUGACACGGAGGUGAUGGAUUUUGAAGAUGUUGGCGGUAACUCGAUAGUCGGGCAGAUCAUCAGCAACAGUAACGCCGUCAAACGUUCAGGGAACCUGACGUCAAAUGGCUAUCAAUCUUCUCAAACUCACCCAGCGAUACAUAAUUAUGAGCGAAACAACGUCGACAAAAAUCACACUGGCUUGUGUUUUUGGGCCAUAUUUCAAGCGGUUGGACUUACGUGCGUCGGCACGAUUAUUUGUCGAUCUGUUGUGUAUCAAAAUGGAUUUUUCGAAAUAUCUUCCAGCAGGAAUUCUACGUCCAUUACUAAAAACCAAUUUUGUAAUUGGCAUUACUCACUUAGCACAAUUGGAUUUAUAUACCUCUAUGCCAACUCGAUUUUCAUGAUAAAAUCCCACAAAUCGAAAGUGUCRCUGCCGUACCUGAUGUUGCACACGUUCGCGUACCUCGUGUCGGCCUUGGGGCUGUGCGCCAUGUUCGUGCACAAGGAAACUGGCAAGCCCGAGGGAAGCCCGUUCUAUGAGUACCAUUUAUACUCUGUACACUCUUGGACCGGUGUGUUAGCGGCCACCCUGUUCACGGUCCAAUGGCUGUCCGCCGCCGCCACGUUCAUUAUGCCCUGUCUGCGCAGCAUAGGGUUACCGCUAGGCAAGAUGUUCAGCCUGUAUACUACCAUAUUGUCAACCAUCUGUCUCAUAUCUGGAGUCAACCAACACGCCCUGAAGACGUUGGCAAAAGAUAACAGAACAUAUUAUUCAAUUGAUUCAUUAAUUUUGAACGGGUUUGGAAUGCUUGUUAUAGUUUUCUUAUUUUUAAUUACUUACAUAGUCAUAAAACCGAAUAGAAAUUAAAUUUUUUAAUUCAUUUUGAACAUGA